AUGGCCACUUACAAAGUCAAGGUGGCUACUGGUACUGACCUCUUGUCAGGAACGACGGACUCCAUCUCUCUGACCAUCGUGGGGACCCAAGGAGAGAGCCAUAAGCAGCUGCUGAACCACUUUGGGAGAGACUUUGCCACAGGAGCGGUGGACCAGUACACUGUCCAGUGCCAGCAGGACCUGGGGGAGCUCAUCAUCAUCCGUCUGCACAAGGAGCGCUACUCCUUCUUUCCCAAGAAGUCCUGGUACUGCAACUACGUGCAGAUCUGUGCACCCAAUGGCCACACCUACCACUUCCCCGCCUACCAGUGGAUGGAUGGCUACGAGACCCUGGCGCUCCGUGAGGCUACAGGAAAGACAAGAGCGGACGACAGGCUCCCCAUCCUCCUGGAGCACCGACAGGAGGAGAUCAGAGCCAAGCAGGACUUCUACCACUGGAGGGUCUUUGUUCCCGGCCUGCCCAACUAUGUGCAUAUCCCCAGUUACCGCCCUCCUGUCCGAAGAAACCCCAACCGGCCUGAAUGGAAUGGCUAUAUCCCAGGAUUCCCGAUUCUCAUCAACAUUAAGGCCACCAAGUUCCUGAACUUGAAUCUCCGCUACUCCUUCAUCAAGACGGCCUCCUUCUUUCUCCGCCUGGGGCCCACGGCACUCGGGUUCAAACUCCGCGGUCUGGUGGACUGCAAACGGUCGUGGAAGAGACUGAAGGACAUUAAGAAAAUUUUCCCGGCCAACAAGUCUGUCGUCUCCGAGUACGUGGCCGAGCACUGGGCAGAGGACAGCUUCUUUGGGUACCAGUACCUCAAUGGCGUCAACCCAGGCCUACUCCGCCGCUGCGCGCGGAUCCCAGAUAAGUUCCCUGUCACAGAAGACAUGGUGGCCCCGUUCCUGGGCGAGGGAACGUGCCUGCAAGCAGAGCUGGAGAAGGGGAACAUUUACCUGGCAGACUACCGCAUCUUGGAGGGCAUCCCCACUGUUGAGCUCAACGGCCUGAAGCAGCACCACUGCGCCCCGCUCUGCCUGCUGCACUUCGGCCCGGAAGGGAACAUGAUGCCCAUCGCCAUCCAGCUCAGCCAGACCCCCGGGCCCGAUUGCCCCAUCUUCCUGCCCAGCGACUCCGAGUGGGACUGGCUGUUGGCUAAGACAUGGGUGCGCUAUGCCGAGUUCUACUCCCACGAGGCCAUCGCCCACCUGCUGGAGACCCACCUCAUCGCUGAGGCCUUCUGCCUGGCCAUGCUGAGGCAGCUACCCAUGUGUCACCCCCUCUACAAGCUCCUUGUCCCCCACACCCGAUACACCGUCCAGAUCAACAGCAUCGGGCGGGCCCUCCUCCUGAAUGAGGGGGGACUCUCGGCCAGAGCCAUGUCCCUGGGCCUGGAGGGCUUUGCUGAGGUGAUGGUGCGGGCUCUGUCAGAGACCACCUACGACAGCCUCUACCUCCCCAACGACUUUGUGGAGCGUGGGGUUCAGGACCUGCCGGGAUAUUAUUACCGCGACGACUGCUUGGCAGUGUGGGACGCUCUGGAGAGGUACGUGACAGAGAUCAUCACCUACUAUUACCCAUGUGAUGCAGCUGUGGAGGGUGACCCGGAACUGCAGUCCUGGGUGCAGGAGAUAUUCAAGGAGUGCCUACUAGGGCGUGAGAGCUCAGGUUUCCCCAGGUGCUUGCGAACGGUGCCUGAGCUGAUCCGAUAUGUCACCAUUGUCAUCUACACCUGCUCUGCCAAGCACGCAGCUGUCAACACAGGGCAGCUGGAGUUCACCGCCUGGAUGCCUAAUUUCCCACCAUCCAUGCGGAACCCACCGAUGCAGGCCAAGGGGCUGACCACUCUGGAGACCUUCAUGGACACGUUGCCGGAUGUGAAGACCACGUGCAUCACCCUGUUGGUGCUCUGGACGCUAAGCCGGGAGCCCGACGACAAGCGGCCCCUGGGCCACUUCCCCGAUAUCCACUUCGUGGAGGAUGCCCCACGGAGGAGCAUGGAGACCCUCCGCCAGCGCCUGGCCCAGAUCUCGCACAACAUCCGCCAGCGCAACAAAGGCCUCCCCAUCCCCUACUACUACCUGGACCCCGUGCUGAUCGAGAACAGCAUUUCUAUCUAG